AUGGCUCCCGAGGGCUCUUCGUUCAUGCAUAAAUCAUCUAGCCCUGCUCCGAUUCUCCUGUCCCCGAUCUCAGUCGCUCAUCGGAGUCAGAUGAUUGAAGCCGAUGAAGCAUCGUCUAUUCGUGAUAAAUGGAUGGCAAAUUUGCAAAAGAAGCGAUCAGCUGCAGCAGAAGGCACAGGUGCACCAAUUGGCAAUGGCAAUCGUUCAGCUUCAGGGUCGCAGACAAACUACAGAUCUCACCCUAAUAGCAGAAACAUUUCAGCAAAGAAAAGUAGUCGAAGUCGCAGUGCCGCGUCACGUGCUGUCAAGAAUAGAAAUGCAGCACAACUUGCUUAUGAAAAGAGUUUGCUUGCUCAUCGAGCCCAUUUGUUCAAUCAAGACCAAUUGUCGUCUAUGUCUUCUAGUUUGAUUGUUGAUAGUCAAGUUGCUAUGAACGAGUUUGAUGUACAAGCAAAUGGACAGCCCUCAAUGCUGUUCAAUGAGUCGAAUUAUUUCGAUCACGAAUCACCUUCGUUUUCGCAGUUUAUCUCAUCGUCGUUUGACGAUGAUUCUCCACUUGCUUUUUCUGACUCUGCUAUUAAAGAAAAUAGCAGGUCGAAACGAACGACAAAAGCAAGUUCUAAGAAGCGUCCAACAUAUUCAUUAGCAGUAGAGGUGGACCCAGCUAAGCCACGGACCCCUCGCCGCAAAUUGAAUAGUGGCUCGACCCCGAUUGAUGAUUUUGAUCUCAAUUAUUGCAUUCCGACGGAAUUUCCGGGGGUUGGGACACCAUCGAAUUUUCGAUUUGAUCCUUCCAGUAUGCGGCAUCUUUGGGGUCACGAUUUGGAUAUAUCUAAUGGUGGAGGGUACGCAGACAGUUUUCUGGAUAUACCAACUCCACGGCUAGCAGAAAUCCCGCUUGUUCCUACUUCAAAUCAAACAACUCAUAGUAUUGGUGGCGUCAGCUCACACCCAAUUGACAAUCAAAAUGAGGUGCAUGAACACCCUCGACUCAUACGCACAAAUAGCAUUGAACAAGAAGCAACAACUACUUUACUAAGCGCUCGAAAGUCACCCUUUUCUGGCGGGUCAUUUUUUAACGGAAGUGUUACACCGCGUUCAGCAGCUGCAGCGGUGGAUGAAUGUUUUAGUAAAACAAAUUUUACUUCGUCAUGGCCAAGACCACCAUCUCCUUUGGGUCCACCGUCCUGCUCUCAAACUCGUUGCAUGGACCCUCGGGAUCUGAAGCUCGCUCCAGAGUUUGAAACACUAAGAGACGAGUACAGAUUUACAGACAUUGAUCACGAACUCGACAGCUUUUAUUUAGACACGAUAGAUACUAUCGGGAACGAUUUAAAUCUCUUAUCCAAAUGA